AUGCUUAAACGAAUGCUUAGCACAAACCAGCGUUUCUUGAGCCACCUCAGACGCUUAGGUUCCUAUCACAAUGGUCUAAAAGGCGUCUACUCUAAGCUUUUGAACGAGCCAUCUUUCAGCACUUUGGACAAGAAUGAAUUUCUAGGCAGGCAACUAACACCUUACGACUUUUCAGCAUCUAUCUUGAAAGAGUUGGCUGCGAGAGAUGUACUUAACGCUAAUCUGAUUCACAAUCAAUUGAUAGAAUCGUUGACAGGCUAUGAAUACGCAGUAGGUGCGAUACAUGCCCGAGAAUUGAACAAAAACGGUGGAAAACUAAGUCUGGAUAGCUUUAUUCAGAUAGUUAAACACAACCCUGGAAGAGUCAAAAGCUCGUGGGAACUCUUUUUGGAUAAUUUCGAACACGUUAGGUACUCACACGAUGCUCUCAUAGCCGUCUUAGACAAGCUAUUGGCUUUCGAUCCAAUUGAUGUCGCUGAUGGCAAGACAGAUCUUACGAUAAAAGACCUCGCACGUUGUUUUUCAGUCAUAGCUUGCAUCAAGAACGCUGGUAAAAUUCCGAAAAGCUAUUGGGAGACGCUGCUCACCGCAUGUUUAGCCACCAAUGUGUCGACCUUGAUUCCAACGAUCACAACAUAUCUAACACCAUCGGUACAACUUACAGAAAGCAAUAAUCUCAAGCUUACUAGCUAUCAAUUAUACCAACUUUUUCACAGGUAUCCAAAGACUCUAUUAGAAGAGAGCUUAACAUGUUUUGAGGAAGUCUUUUCCACUUUCGGAAGAAGCACUAUGAUCAAGCUAACCGACGACGAGAUGGAGGCUGACGCAAAGUUUCGAAAUUGUCUUGCCGAGAUAUCUGUUAAAGCUGAUAAAGCUCUCACCAUCCCUCCUCCUACGGAUGUUCCCACAAAUAUUGUUUUUGACAAUUUUUUGAAGAUUGUUGAAAGCUCAAGUAGACGCUUGAAAGAAAGAAAUGAAUUGAGUAGAAUUGCAAUCCGUUCCCUAGGAAUUUAUAGGAGCAAUUUACCUAGAGCUCUCUCCUUUUUUGAGAGGGACCUAAGGCCAUCGGAAGAAAUGAAGUAUGAACUGUUUUUGGCUUAUAUUUACAAUGCUGUAAAACAUGGCGAUAAAAAGUUACUGGAUCGGUCUCUGGAGAUUAUUCCACAUCCAUGCCGCAAAGAAACUUCGUUAUCCAUAAAGAGAGCAUUAAUUGCAUCAUUUUCUGCUUUUGACAUUGAAAAGUCUCUCCAAUUAUACAAUGACAGUAUUCAAGACUCGGAUAAAAAAGAGGUUCAGAACCGCCCUAUGUCUGAAGCUUGUUUACUAACGGAAUCGUUAAUAGUGGCCUACCUGGGUGUCGAGGAUAGAGAUUUCGCGCAAGUAGUUUUUGAUGGGGCAGCGCGAGAAAAGGUUAUCUCGGGUCCUACUGCUAUAAAGCAAAUCAAAAAGCACUUUACCGCUUAUGGAAGUAUCCUCGAGGAACACGACUUCAAGCAAAAACUUAAAGAAACCGUUCUACUGUAUAUAAGAUGUUUAUAA